AUGGAGGCCCUGCCGGCCGACGAAGAUGCUCCUCAGACUGGCCCUGACGAGCCACCUUUACCGGCGAAACCGACAGCGCAAGCCUUGCCGGAGAAAGCAUCAGAUGAUCCCCGGUCUGGGCUCGAUUUUCUUAGAGCUACCGGUGCUCCGGUGACAGCAGAACCUCCUAGGUCUACGGUUCAUGACUCUGCUGCUAGAGUAACCCCUACUCCUUCUGAUUCUCCACAUCCUGUCGCCUUCACUCUACCCCCGGCUGUUGCUUCUUGCAGCAAAGAUCCCCCACCGCCAUCGCCUAGCCCCACUCCAAGCACGGUGCGUGUGUCUGUUGGCCCGCCGUCGGCUUCUUCCACUCCCAAGCGAGCGCGAAAUGGGAAGUGGGCGCAGAGUACUCUGGUCGUCGGAGGCCGCCGUAUUCCACCGCCUGACAAUGACAAAGAAGCUGAGCAACCGGAGGAAGUUGACAUCCCUGUGCGCACGGAUACCGGCUCGCCCGCACUCACCAAGAUGCAGCUGCGAGAUCAGGUGUACCUUGAGGCGAGUAUUAACUACGAGACGAAGUGGUCGCAACACUUUUCCUGGCUGGUGUUUGGGAAGACCAAGGACGGUUUUCCAUACGUGAAGUGCUCCAUCUGCAUGUCGUACGCGAAGGGGAACAAGAGGUACGCCAUGCAAGGUGACGACGGUGGCCGUGACUUGCAGACGCAGUCGUUCAGGGCGCACGAGCAUACGGACGCACACAAGGCAGCGGUGGAUCGGCAGUUGAAGCUUGCGGCGGGCAUCCGCGAGGGCCAGCAGGCGAUUUUUGACUUCAUCAACUCCGACGUCGAGGGGCGGCGCGCGAUUCGUCUCAUGCGUGAGGCGUUGGCUGUGAAGGACGCCGCUGAGUCAAACGAGGACCUUGGCAUGGUUGACAAGGUGGCCUACGAGAUUGUGACGUACUACAAGUUCCAGUUCUGUUUGUUUUUCCUGGCCGACAUUCUGGCCGACAUGAACGACCUCAACCGCUGCUUCCAGAGGCGUGAGCUGGAUGUGACUGAGAUUUCGAAGACUAUUGAGUCCACCACGGGUGACCUGACGGAGCGCUACUUGACGACAAACAAACCGUUCGGGGGCGAGGGGAAGAGCUGGCUGGUAAACUUCCUCAAGGUCCACAAGGAGGGUGGAGGCAAGCAGGUCCGGGUUCGAGGCGUGGACGGAGAGGGACGCCCAAUCAACCACCUCUACACCAUGCAUGAGAGGAAGCUGAAGGGCCACAAGGAGGGAAGCACCUACGCAGACUGCGUGAAGCUGUGCCGCCAAUUUUCCCGCGACUGCGUGGACAACCUGAACGAACGGCUGGAUGACCUUGGGAAGCUGGGCCCGACGAAGCUGUUCCGGGCGGGGAAGUGGCCGAAGAUCAAGGCCCAGCGAGAGAAGAAGUGCAAGGAGUGGCUGCACGGAUGCAGCAGGCUCUUCCGCCACAAGCUGCCGGGAUUCGACCUCAAAGCAGCAGAGAGGGAGCUCCCGACAUUCUGCGCGAUCAUGGAGUCACACCAUGAGAUGGAGAGCUUCGCCCAGGGCCUUAACAACUUUCUUGGGAGCGUAGACGCAAAGAGCCUGAAGCUGGCCGUGGCAGAGAGGGAGAGGAAGGGGAAGCAGAAGGAGGGUGAAGCUGUGGCUGCUGGAACUGCGGGGGAGAACGAGGACGAGGAGGAGGAGGAGGAGGAGGAGGACGAUGAAGUGGAACAGGACUUGGCCGACGAUCAGGAGGUCGUGGAAGAGGAGGACAACCCUUGCCUGUCAGACGAUGAGGACGUAGAGGAGGUGUACUUCAUUGACAAACCCGUGCACUAG